UCUCAUUUUGAUAACGAGUAGGUAGUUCGUGGAUGUAUUUUUAGUUCAGAUUGACGAAUCAAGAAAGAAGGUUAAUUAUUCAUAAAAAAGGGAAUAUUUAAUUCAUGAUUUCUAAUUUCCUCCUAGUUUACAUUAUAAUUGUAGGACAUGAAUUCUCUUCCUAGGAUAUCAGUAGUCGGAGCAGGGCCUGCUGGAUUUUAUGCUGCCCAAUUCUUAUUGAAAAAACUAAAAAGAUGCGAGAUUGAUAUUUAUGAAAGGCUACCAGUCCCCUUUGGUCUAGUAAGAUUUGGAGUAGCUCCAGAUCAUCCCGAGGUGAAAAAUGUGGAAAAUACAUUUACCAAGGUUGCAGAACAUCAAAAUGUGCGAUUUUUGGGAAAUGUUUGUCUCGGAAGAGAUAUUACUGUUGAGGAAUUGAAAAAAGCUUACCAUAUUGUGAUUUUGGCAUAUGGUGCAGAAAAGAGUCGAAAUCUUGGGAUACCAGGAGAAAAUCUCAAUAAUGUAAUAUCUGCUCGUCGAGUUGUAGGCUGGUACAACGGUGUUCCUUGGGAUAAGGAUUUAUCUAUUGAUUUGAGUAUGAGAGAGGUAGCAAUAGUUGGCCAAGGAAAUGUUGCAAUUGAUGUUGCAAGAAUAUUAUUGACACCAAUAGAUGAUCUUAAGAAAACUGAUAUCACACAACAUGCAUUGGAAGCUUUGAGUAGGUCGAAAGUUAGAACGGUCUAUUUGAUUGGUAGAAGAGGUCCUCUACAAGCUGCAUUUACAAUAAAGGAGUUAAGGGAAAUGAUAAAAUUGAAAAAUUGCAAAACAGAAUGGAUAGCGGAUGAUUUCAAGGAUGUAUCAAAUGUAAUAAAUAGUCUUCCUAGGCCAAAAAAAAGGAUAAGCGAGUUGAUGUUGAGAUCAGCUACUGAGAAUUUGCCUGGAGUAUGUGAAAAAAAAUUCAAACCAUUGUUUUUCCGCACACCUUUAGAGUUCAUUGGCAAAAAUCAAACAGUAAAUAAGGUAAAAUUAGGUAUCAAUAUUUUGCAAGGUGAAAAUGAGGAUAUAAUGAAUCAGAAAGCUGUUUUAACAGAUUUACAUGAAACUAUUGAUUGUGGUUUGGCUAUAAUUAGUAUUGGAUAUAAAUCAACUCCGAUUGAAGAAAGUAUAGAGUUUGAUCAAAAUUUAGGUGUUCUUAAAAAUCAUUAUGGUAAAAUUAGAAAUGGGCUAUAUGCAACUGGUUGGGUGGCAACUGGUCCCAGUGGGGUUAUACUCAACACCAUGAAUAAUAGUUUUGGUGUUGCCGAACUUAUUUUGAAAGACAUUGAGAAAAAUCCUUCUUUGAUACAAGAAAGUAAACCAGGUUAUGAUUAUGCACAUUCUAUAUUAAGCCAACGAUCAAUUCAGGUGGUUUCUUGGAGGGAUUGGUUGAAAAUAAAUGAAUUUGAAGUUAAUGCGGGGACAAAGUUAGGUAAACCAAGGGAAAAGAUUUUAGACAUGGAGAAAAUGUUAGACAUAGCUUCAUCAUGA